AUGGCCGCGUUUGAGAUACUGGACACCUGCUACAACUUCACUGGGUAUAGCAGAAUUAGAGUGCCUGCGGUGGCUCUGCAGUUCAGUGCUGGUGUCACGUUUAACGUCGAUGCCUCGGGGAUCCUCCUUUUCGCGAGCCCCUCGCAGGGUUGCCUCGCAUUCGCCAGCGUCGAUGAGGAUGGGCUUUCCAUGGUUGGGAACAUGCAGCAGAGGACGUUCGACGUGGUUUAUGACGUUGCCAGGGAAAUGAUUGGAUGCCUGCUUGGUAGAGAUCCUUCUGGCGUUUCUGCACAAACUCUUGCAGCAUCCUCUGGUAAUAAGCUGACGGUCGUUCACCGGCACGGCCCCUGCUCGCCCAUCAUCAACACCAGGCAAAAGCUGAACCACAGGCAGAUCCUCCACCGUGACCAAGCCCGGGUCAUUUCCCUCCACAACCGGAUAACCGCUGCUUCCAGGAAGGAUAAAUCGACCGGCGUCACGGUGCCCAACCGUGUCGGCCUCUCGUUCAGCACCUCAGACUACAUCGUGACGGUGGGCUUCGGCACUCCCAAAAAGAGUUUCUCGGUGAUCUUCGACACCGGCAGCGACAUCUCGUGGAUCCAAUGCAGGCCAUGCGCUGGCGGGUGCUACUCCCAGAAUGAGACGCUCUUCGACCCAUCCCAAUCGUCUACCUGUGCCAAUAUAUCAUGCAGCUCAGCCGUCUGCCUCUCAUUCGGCUCAGAUUGCGAUGCAUCAUCGACUUGCAUCUACGCUGUCCAAUACAGUGACGGUUCCUCCACUGCUGGCUUCCUUGCGCAGGAGACCCUCACCUUGACGUCCUCCAUCGUGCUGAAAAACUUUGAAUUCGGGUGCGGGGAGAAGAACAAAAGGCCCCUUCGGUAG